AUGUGCGACCGCGCCACUCCUCUUUUCACCCCAUUGUACCUUCUCCGGCGUGCCUGUGGCCACGGACGCGCUCUGUGCAUAAAGUGCAAGGCAGAGGCCUGGUCAUUCAUUUCACACAGCUCCAGCAGCGGGGGCAGAUGCCCAACGGCCACACCGAACGGCCCUUCGGGAAACGACACUUUUGCAGGCCUUCAGACUUUCUGGGUUUCAAGCCUUUUCGGAGCUGUGGAAAGUGCACGCUCCAGAGCCAAGAGCCUUUCCGGCUUCAGGAUUUUUCGGCGGCGCGUUUGCAGGCCUUCUGCCGGCCUGCCGCCGCGGCGCGGCCGACGUGCACGUCAAGGGAUUGCACAAUGGAGUGACAACGGCGCUCGCAGCGCCCGGUGCACGCAGCACUAUGCGUUGUUCGACAUCAAGCAUCGUUCCGGUCCCUAA